UUUUAUUUAGACGAUUAGGUCACUUCCGGUGUCUAUAAAGUCACUGAUUAGUGUGCAGUCCAGUCAGACCCCAGUUCUCAGUCUGACCUUGUCUCUGGUGGAAAAAUUGUGAUUUAGCAGCUGACGUGUCAUCCUUUGGUUGCUGUAUACUUCGGCGUUUCACACCUACGAACGAAGUCAGUGUCUGCGAGGCUGGUUCCACAUGGCAUCACACGCUGAAAGAUCGGAUGAACAACAGCAAGACAGUAACAGAAGCAUGGUUGUCCAGAGAAGUCAUAAGAAGAGAAAGGAAAAGGGAAAAUGGAUGAACUCAAACAAGAGCUGGAGAUGGAUGAACACAGAAUCCCUGUUGAAGAACUGUGCCGCAGGCUGGGCACUGACCCCGACAAGGGCUUGACACCAGAACAAGCCCGCGAAAUCUUGUCACGUGAUGGGCCAAACCAGCUGACACCACACAAAACCACACCAGAGUGGGUCAAGUUCGUCAAACAGAUGUUUGGCGGGUUCGCGAUCCUGCUUUGGAUUGGCUCCAUCCUCUGCUUCAUCGCCUACGGCAUCCAACUCACCGAGAUGCCGGACCCCUCAGAAGAUAAUUUGUACCUGGCAGUUGCGCUGGCAGGUGUGGUGCUCAUCAGCGGCGCUUUCUCGUACUAUCAAGAGGCCAGAUCAUCUAGAAUCAUGGACUCCUUCAAGAAAAUGGUACCACAGCAUGCAAUCGUGGUGCGCGGCGGUCAGAAACUCAAUGUCAAGGCCGAAGAGCUGGUUUGUGGUGACGUCAUCGAGUGUAAGUUUGGUGACCGCGUGCCGGCUGACAUCCGGGUCAUCUCUGCUCACGGAUUCAAAGUGGACAACUCUUCACUGACGGGAGAAUCCGAGCCGCAGAGUCGAACCCCAGAGUACACACACGAGAAUCCCCUGGAGACGCGCAACCUGGCGUUCUUCUCCACCAACGCUGUCGAGGGCACGUGCCGUGGUGUAGUCAUUCGUGUUGGCGACAACACGGUGAUGGGUCGCAUCGCCAACCUGGCGUCGGGGCUGGAGGUUGGUGACACGCCCAUCGCGCGGGAGAUCUCACACUUCAUCCACGUCAUCAGUGCCGUCGCAGUUUUCUUCGGCGUCGUCUUCUUCGCCGUUUCCUUCGUCAUGGGCUACCAGUGGCUAGAUGCAGUCAUCUUCCUCAUCGCCAUCAUCGUUGCCAACGUACCGGAAGGCCUUGGUGUGACAGUCACAGUGUGCCUGACCCUCACGGCCAAGCGCAUGGCGCACAAGAACUGUCUGGUGAAGAACCUACAGGCGGUGGAGACCCUGGGUUCGACCUCCACCAUCUGCUCCGACAAGACCGGCACACUGACACAGAACCGGAUGACAGUGACUCACGCCUGGUACAACAACCGCAUCAUCGAGAUCGACAUCAGAGACGACAGAACCUGCAACCGCCGUGACCGUGAUGACCCAACGUUUACGGCGCUAGCUCGCGUCGCCAUGUUAUGUAACCGCGCGGAGUUCAAGGCCGGCCAGGAGAACAUACCAGUCCUCAAACGGGAGUGUAAUGGCGACGCUUCUGAAUCAGCCCUGCUUAAGUUUGUUGAACUGGACAUUGGUAACGUGACAGAGUUCCGAGCUCUCAACAGGAAGAUAGUGGAGAUUCCUUUCAAUUCUACAAAUAAAUAUCAGGUGUCCGUCCAUACAACUGACGAUCCUGAUGAUGAUCGCUACCUGUUGGUGAUGAAGGGGGCCCCCGAACGUAUCCUUGACUGUUGCUCCACAGUACUCAUCAACGGAGAAGAGCAGCCGGUGGACGACCAUUUCAGAGAAGUUUUCAGCGCUGCUUACCUGGAGCUGGGUGGUCUCGGAGAACGUGUGCUGGGUUUCUGCGACUUGUACUUACCCACCGAGCAGUUUCCUCCUGGUUUCAACUUUGACCCGGAAGGUCCUAAUUUUCCCAUCACCGGGCUUCGCUUCGUGGGCCUGUUGUCCAUGAUUGACCCCCCGCGUGCUGCAGUGCCGGAUGCUGUGAGCAGAUGUCGCAGUGCUGGUAUCAAAGUCAUCAUGGUCACCGGCGACCAUCCAAUCACAGCCAAAGCCAUCGCCAAGAGCGUGGGCAUCAUCUCGGAAGACAGCAAGACAGUGGAGGACAUUGCUGCUGAGAGGGGGAUCCCAAUGGAGGAGGUGGACCGCAGGAACGCCAGAGCCGCUGUCAUCCACGGCGGUGACCUGCGCAACAUGAGCCCAGCACAGAUUGAUGACGUCCUGCGCAAUCACUCGGAGAUCGUCUUCGCGCGCACCUCGCCGCAACAGAAGUUGCUGAUUGUCGAGGGCUGCCAACGUCUAGGUCAGAUCGUCGCCGUCACGGGGGACGGAGUCAAUGACUCUGCUCUCAAGAAAGCUGACAUUGGAAUUGCCAUGGGCAUUGCCGGUAGUGACGUCAGCAAACAAGCGGCUGACAUGGUUCUGCUUGAUGACAACUUUGCCUCCAUUGUUACCGGUGUUGAGGAAGGCCGCAUUAUUUUCGACAACUUGAAGAAAACCAUCGCCUACACCUUGACCUCCAACAUGCCUGAGUUGAUUCCCUUCCUGAUGUACAUCGUCUUGAACAUCCCCCUCCCCCUGGGCACCAUCCCCAUGCUGUGCAUUGACCUGGGCACCGACAUGUUGCCGGCCAUCUCCCUGGCCUACGAGACUGCCGAGAGCGACAUCAUGAAGCGCUCGCCACGUGACCCAGUCAACGACAAGCUGGUCAACGAGAGAUUGGUCUCAAGAUCGUAUGGUCAAGUAGGAGUGGUUGAGGCCGUGGGUGCGUUCUUCACAUACUUCGUGGUUAUGGGUGAAAAUGGCUUCUGGUGGGACCGUUUGAUAGGCCUUCGCACUGAGUGGGAAUCACCUGCUAUCAACAAUCUGGUGGACUCCUAUGGCCAGGAAUGGACCUACGUCCAGCGGAAGAGGCUGGAGUACACUGUGUACAGCGCUUUCUUCGUCUCCAUUGUCAUCACUCAAUGGGCAGACCUCAUCAUAUGCAAAACUCGUCGCCUGUCUCUUCUCCAAAAGGGAAUGAAAAACCAUUACCUGACGUUCUCCUUAUUCUUCGAAACUGGUCUGGCUGCUCUCUUGUGCUACUGCCCGGGGAUGGACAAAGGCCUUCGAAUGUACCCAAUCAGGUUCUUCUGGUGGCUGCCCGCCCUUCCAUUCAGUCUGGGGAUUUUAUUGAUGGACGAGUGUCGCAGAUACUUUCUACGACGAAGCCCUGGAGGGUUUGUGGAGAGGCAGCUGUACUUCUAGAACAACUAGCGUGAAGAUCAUUUCUCAUCAGCGGUUCUUCGUGAUUAUCUUCCCUACAUCGUGAUUUAUCUUUGCUCUUCUGUCCAGUCGUCACUUUGUAAUCAUUUUCAUGCAUAUGGUUGUACAUUUUAUGAAUGCAUUUUCAUAUGUUUACUAAAAAUGUAUUAAUAUACAUUUUAUAUUUGAAUGCACUUUCCAUACAUACACGUAAUAUACGGUCUGUACGACAAACUUAAGCUCUGACAAAUCUUCCCAAUAGUAUUUGUGCUCAUUUUAAAGCUAUAACCAAGAAAUGUAAGUAUACAGUGGUUUCAAAGUGAUGUAAAGACUGAAGAAUAAAUAUAAAUCAAAGCAUUGGGAUGCUCAGUGAAACGAAGAACAGCUCAUGAAAAAUGACCUUCACGCGUCUUGUUACAAAAUUAUUUUAGUUUUUCUAUUUGCUGUAAACCAUGCACAAUAGUAUUAACAAAACAGGAAAUUUUAUAAGAACUGGAAAAUAAUAGUACAUUAUUACACUGUUGGUGUUAUUUUAUAGAAAUGUGCCUCGGUCAUCCAUUUAAUAUACAUUUUUGAGCACUUUAUAUUUACUAUCAAACGAUUAUUACUUCUUAUCACAAAUGUUGCUAAUGAGUGUACAGUAUAUUAAUAGUUUCAUUUAUAGAUUAAUCAAAAUGUUAAUGUGUUUUUACGCGGCAUUGUAAUCUUUUUGUUGAACGAAUUGUAAUCUUUUUUGAUUCUAAUUAUAGUGUAAAGUGAACCAGUGAAAAAAAUCGCGUAUGUUGAAACAUUUCUUACAACAGUUGCUAGAAAACAGACUUUUACAGUUGUAAAAUCAAUUUCAUCAUCCAUAACUGUAAUUAAGCACAAAUGUUAGGAUGGGGUAAAUGUUUAGAUGUCGAGAUUGUGUUGUUUUUGGCGGGGACUCUAAUGGAAAAUUAGGAAAGCAUUUACAAGCACUAAUUAAAAAAAUGCUGAA